AUGUCUUACGAGAUUCCUGAAGAGCAAAUUGCAGAGGACUUUGCAGCAGCUCUUGCAGACCUCAGCAUGAACUCGCGUUAUGAAAUCAGUAAUCUUACCUUGAUCGCUCGCGAAAAUACGGCUUCAGCACUUGUCAUCUCAGAGGCAUUGAAGACUCAUAUUAAGCAGACCUCUCCCUCUAAGAAGCUGCCUGCUUUCUAUGUCCUCGAUUCCAUUAUCAAGAACGUUGGUACCCCGUACACCCUGUUCUUUGGCAGACAGCUCUAUUCGACUUUCAUGGAAUCAUAUGCCCUAGUGGAUAACAAUGUUCGGUCCAAGAUGGUUGAAAUGUUGAAGACUUGGAAAGAACCCGUUCCCGGAUCCAUGGAUACCAGACCUGUCUUUCCACCCGAGGUUACACGGCCUAUCGAGAAUGCCCUCAUCAAGGCCCGGACAUCCUUUCUUCAAGCUCAUCAAGAGCAGACCCGAAAUCAGCAGAGUGCUAUGGGCCGUGGGCGUGCACAAUCCACUCCAUACCGCGAGACUCCAACACCUCCAAGUAAUUAUCGGCCUCCAACUCAAUCUGCUCAACCUGCUCCUGGAUAUACUGCGAACUAUACCCCGCAGCAAUAUCCGGCGUCUAUGAAUGUGCAGCAAUACUCAUCACAGCAAGCUCCUGCUCCACAACCACCAUACACGACCCAGUUGCCACCAAAUGGACAACAAUACCCCUCUCAACAAAAUGGCUACCAGCCCCACGGUUUACCCCCUCGCCCUCCAAAUCAACAAUAUCCCCAAGCUUUGCCAAAUUCUUCAAGUUGGCAGCAACAACGAUAUCCAACCCCGCCUCAACCGUCAUACCAAUCUCAAGUGCAGGCUGUUGGCUACACUGCUCCCGCGAGUAGCUUGGCUGCCUUAAAUUCUGAUAUUGAGAACUUGAUCAAUGAAACAAAGGCGGAGUGGUCGCGGAAUCCUCAUGAGGUUAACUUUCAACCAAAGAUAAAGGCUCUGUUAGACCUACAAACCGUCUUGCGAAGCCAAACGCUUCCGCCAGACCAGAUUUCUCUCAUUCAAAAUCAAGUAGAUCAAUUAAAGCAAGCCCCACAGUCUGCACCUAUCAUGCAGGCUGCUCCGGCUCCCCUACCUCCAACACCUGUAGUGGCUCCUCCUCCUGUACAGCAACCCACACUGAGCUCUCUUCUUGGUCCUGGUGCUCUUGCAGCGCUACUAGCGAGACAGUCUGCAACUCCUCAACCAAGUUCUGCAGUGCCUGCUACUAUUCGGUCCCCCCCCCAAAAUAACAGCCACCCCUUUCAGCCACCCUCUUCUGUUGCUCCUGCUACGACACCGGUUCCAGAUCCAGCAUCUCUGCUAGGGCGCUUACGGGCCGCUGGUAUGCUUCCUGGACUUGCAGCAAGUACAGCACCAACGCCACUCAACUCCUCCACUUCUGUUGCUCCCCCGCCAUUCCUAAAUACUCCUCCCUCGGCAGCAAGAACGCCUCUGGCAACGAUACCCAAUGAUGUCAUCCUGAAGCCUGCUUCACUGAAGAUUCCUCGACCUCACCUGAUCGCAAGUCUAUAUGAACAGCUAGGUGCACCAUGCACGCAAUGUGGCAGACGGUUUCAGUCAGACCAAGAAGGCAAGAAGAAGAAAGCAGCUCACAUGGAUUGGCACUUCCACGUCCGUCAGCGUAUGGAUGAGGCUGAAAGCAGAGGUCAGCAUAGAAGCUGGUAUGUCGAUGAAUUGGACUGGAUCAGGUCUCGUGAGGUCGAAGGCGAGUCUGGGACUACCACUGCAGAUUCUUCGCAAAGUUCUAACAGUGCUGCGGCGGCCAAGAAUCCCAAGUUGCAGUUCAUACCAGCUCCUGAUGAUCCCGCCCUUGCUGCUGUGCCAUGCCCCAUUUGCCAAGAGAAAUUCGAGAUGAAGUGGCUUGAUGAGGCACAAGAGUUUGUGUGGAUGGAUGCCAAGAAGGUUGGUGACAGGAUUUAUCAUGCAAGUUGUUUUGCGGAGGCAACCAAGGACGUAAAUACAAAGGCAAAGCGUGGUACUCCAGAGCCUGUUCUGGGCAAGCGUAAGGCAGAGGAUGAUGGCUUUGCAUUCAGAGCAAAGAUCAAGUCUGAACCAGUGGCUUGAAACUCAUGCCUGUAUUUUGACAUAGACGA